GAGGCCUGACAAACAGUCUUGGAUUGUACUCGGAUAGAUUCACGUCCUGAGACACACAGACAGUAAUCAUGGUCAAGAAGUUUUCUGUGGACUGGCUCGCCCAAAGCUUUCACAAUUCGCCGCAUCAAGACAUUCUGGAGCCUGAGAAACAGACGCACAGGCCACACGUACCGUGUGUGGUUCAACCGAGACCUCCAACAUCAUAUGACAAGGUUUAUUUGCAGCCAAAACCAAAGGUUAACAAGAAAGCUGAAGAGAAACUAGAGACCGGUAAAGAGAAGGAGGGCACUACCCCGGUUACGCAAAGAAGCUGUUCAUCUCCAAGCUUUUCAGAAAACAGCGGCUAUUCGUCUGGUUACGAGAGCGAAGCAACUGCGUCUGAAUGCGCGUCCGUCGAAGAUGCGCACGAGACCGAGAAAGACGCGGCGACGCGCAGAAUCAGAACCAAAUUCACUCCAGAACAGAUCGACAAACUGGAGAAAAUCUUCACCAAGCACAAAUACUUGGACGCGGGAGAGAGAGUGAAAACAGCUUCGAAACUCAAUCUGUCAGAAACUCAGGUCAGGACUUGGUUCCAGAACCGCAGGAUGAAGCUGAAGCGGGAAGUGCAGGAGAUGCGCGCGGACUAUCUGCUCCCUAAGAUGGUUCUUCCGCACGUGCUUCCGGUUCAGUACCACUGCUACGACAGACAGCUACUUCCGUUUCCGCCUCCCGGCGCGCUGAUGCAACAGAUGAUCCCGCUGGUUUCUCAUCAUCAGCUCAUGAUGCCCAGGCAGCAUUACUUCUGAAGAAGACACACCCAGAGACUCAAUCCUCUGAAACACUUAUAUUCUGUGUGCAAUAUCUCAAUAUAUGUACAGUUAUGUUUUUUGUAAUGUUAAAUUGAAUAGAAGAGUUUAUUUAUUAUCAGAAAUAAAGUAUGUUCAAUGGCUAA